AGUGGAUAAUAUAUCGCUAUUUCAUGUUUCCACAGCCUAAUAAGCUCUAAUAUCAAGAUGGAGCAUUCCAACAAAAAUAGUGAUGAUUGUGAAAAAAUUGAAAAGAUCUCAAAAGUUGAAGAAUUGGAAGAAUUGGGAUUUCCGUCUGAUUUUAUUAUCAAAGUCGAAGAAUUUUCUUUUCCUGUACAUCGAGUAAUCAUAGCAGCUGCAUCUAACUAUUUUCGUCUUAUGCUGUCUAGUCAGAUGAAGGAAUCUAAAGAUGGUUGUGUUGUAAUGAAGGAAGUUGACCCACAUGCAACCAAGAAAUGUAUUGCUUUUAUGUACCAUUCAGAAAUGCCAAUUGCUCUUACUGAAAUAGAGGACGUUAUUCACGCUUCCAAACUAAUGAACCUGGAUAAACUUGCUGAAAAAUGUUUCUAUCAAUUAGACCAACAUUUAUCUCCAGAUACUUGCAUUGUGUCAUUGAAGUUAGCCAAGUUGUAUAAUCGAAACCAGUGUGAGUUACAAAGUUAUAUUUUAAAGAACUUCAGAGCUAUAGUUGCCUCUGAUAUGUUUCCAUAUACAGAUCAUGACGAUCUAGUAGAUUAUAUCGAAUUUUUCAGUGCAGGUGAAGAUACCGAAAGAAUCAAAUGGGAAGCAAUUACAAAAUGGGUAAAAUUUCAAUCGGAUCGAAAAGACAAUUUCCCCAGAUUUUUUCAGCUCAUGAACCUGGAUCUGCUAAGUCCACAAUUUCUUCAAGAAAGCGUACGAACCGAACCACUCGUGAACAGCUCCGUAGACUGUAUGAAUAUUAUGAUGGAAAGUUUCCUUCCACAUACAAAAUUGCGACAAAACAUCGUGAAUAACACAGCAACAACUCCAAAAAAUAUUCAUAUAGCAUGCUUGAACAUACGUGAGGAUUCAAUUGAUGCCUUCAAUGUGCGGUCAAAGCGAUGGUGUCGCAUUUCUGGUUCUCCUAUAACAGGACAAUACAAGUUUGGCAGUAUUGGUAGUUGUCUAUAUAUUCUGGGUUAUGAUGGUGAUUUCUUCAUAUUUGACAAUAAAACAGAAACAUGGAUUCGAAAACCAAGCGGAAGUCUUCAUUGCGAACACUUUUUUGUAAUUGAGUUUCAAGGCAAACUGUUUGUGCUAGUAAAGCAUCACACUUUAUGCUAUGAUCCCAUUCAAGAAAUGUGGGAAGCUAAACGUCUGCCUGGUUGUCGGCUACGGUUCUUCUGUGCCGCCUCUUCUGAAGAUUUUAUUUAUUCAGUCGGAGGUGCAAUUGGAACUUUUCGCCAGUGGGAUCAAGCAAGAAGAUAUGACCCGCUACGUAAGAGAUGGGCAAAAAUUGCUUCCAUGAAUAAAGAACGAGAUGGAUCAGCAGCGGCGUAUGCCUGUGAAAAGUUGUACGUACUGGGCGGAGAAUGGGACAAGAAAUACCUGAGUACAGUAGAAUGCUACAACCCGGUCACUAACACUUGGACUAAUAUUAUAAGUAUGUGUUUAACAAGACAUGCUCCUACAGCCUGCGUCUACGAUGAUAAGAUAUAUGUCGUCGGAGGAGCUAGGGAUGAGGAUGGCAAUCCUGAACAAGAUAAUUCUAUAGAAUUAUAUGACGUAAUUUCAGGCAAAUGGGCUAUUAUCUCAAAAGGCAGAAUAUACCCCGGACUCGUGCAAUCAUGCAUUUAUACGAAGGAUAGGCUCUCACCUGGGAAUUCGGUAGAAUCAGGGGAAUGUAAGACACAAUAAAUGAGUGACAAUAUUACAGCGUUAAUGAGUAGUAAUGUAGUGAACACAUGAAAAUAUUAUUUCUCAUAAAUCUAAUUCAGUUAUUGCAAAUAUAAAUACAGAAUAUGUUCAAUUUUUAAUUUUUCAGCGGAAUUACUCAAAUUUAGUUAGAUGAUAAUGUAAUGUUAUCAAAAGUCGAAAUAUACACUUAUAAUCCACAAUAAAGGAAUAUCAGUUAUAU